GAUGCGCGGCAGUCCAUAGGUUCCCCAAAAUGGCAGCCCUGGAAGAAGAAUUCACGUUGUCUACAGUGUUCCUGGGCGCCGGGCCUGACGGACUCCUAGGCGUGGAGCAGAGCGACAAAACAGAUCAGUUUCUAGUGACCGACAGCGGCAGGACCGUCAUCCACUAUAAGGUUUCUGAUCAGAAACCCUUGGGGAGCUGGUCAGUGAAACAAGGUCAUAUUAUAACAUGCCCUGCUGUGUGCAACUUUCAAACUGGAGAGUACAUUGUUGUACACGAUAGUAAGGUUUUGAGAAUAUGGAAUAAUGAAAAUGUAAACCUGGAUAAAGUAUUUAAAGCUACAUUAUCGGCUGAGGUAUUUAGGAUACAUUCAAUACAAGGGACAGAACCCUUGGUGCAGUUCAAGGGAGGUGCCGUUCGUGGUUUAGAGGCCUUGCUUGCAGAGCCCCAGCAGAAAAUUGAAACUGUUAUUUCUGAUGAAGAAGUGAUUAAAUGGUCAAAGUUUUUCAUGGCAUUUAGGUAUCCUGUUUUAAUUUUUAUUACUGAAAAACAUGGAAAUUAUUUUGCUUAUGUACAAAUGUUUAACUCCUGUACCUUAAGCAAAUACACACUCUUACUUGGACAAGAAGAAAAAUCUGUUAUACAGAGUUUUACUGCAUCUAUGGAUCGGAAAUUCAUCUCUCUGCUAUCAUUAAGCUCCCAUGGGUGUAUAUAUGAAACCUUGAUACCAACACAUCCAAGUGACACAGAAAAAAAUCAGAAGGUGGCUAGGUCACUGCUGCUCAAGGCUGUCGUGUCGGGUAAUCCUCGAAAUGGUGUUGCACUCACUGUCCUAGAUCGAGAUCACGUAGCAGUCCUGGGACCUCCACUGCCAGCUUCGAAGGAAUGUCUCUCCAUAUGGAAUAUAAAAUUUCAAACGCUACAGACUUCAAAAGAGUUGCCACAAGGAACCAGUGGUCAACUCUGGAAUUACGGAGAAAAUUUGUUUAUGCUACAUGGAAAAUUUCUAACCGUAAUUCCAUACAAGUGUGAAGUGUCAUCAUUAGCAGGUGCUCUUGGAAAACUGAAGUAUAGUCAAGAUCCAGGUGCUCAUGCCAUGCCCCAUUUUGUAAACUGGGAAACAUCUCAGGAAUAUGGACUUGGAUCCCAGAACUCAGAGCAGUCAAGGAGAAAUUUAAGGAGAAGAAAAAUUGAAGUGAGUUUACAACCACAGAUGCCAGCAUCCAAGCAACUUUUAUCAGCCAUAAAGAAAGAUUCAGAAAAACACAUUGAAGUAGAACUACGUAAGUUUUUGGCUAUGAAGCAGACACCUGACUUUCAUGCUAUCAUUGGGGACGUAGUAACAGGACUUCUGGGAAGAUGUAAGGCAGAACCGUCGUUUUAUCCUCGGAACUGUCUGAUGCAGCUUAUCCAAACACAUGUGCUUUCCUAUAGCUUAUGCCCUGGCUUAAUGGAGGUUGCCUUAGAAAAGACAGAUGUACAGAUGUUACAGCUCUGUCUACAGCAUUUCCCUGACAUUCCUGAAUCGGUCACCUGCGCUUGCUUAAAAAUUUUCUUGAGCAUUGGUGAUGACAGUCUUCAAGAAGCAGAUAUCAGUAUGGAGUCAGUCUUUGACUAUAGUGAUAGUGCACAAGAGGAGAAAAUGGAAGAGCAAACUGAGAUUCUGCAGAAUGGCUUCAAUCCUGGAGAAGAGAACUGCAAUAAUUGUGAUCAAGAGUUAAAUGAAAAGCCUCAGGACGCAACAGAGGAAAUCACUUCGUGCCCUGUGAUACCAAAAAGAGCAGCUCUAUUGAAUGCAGUUCUUCAUUCAGCAUACAGUGAAACAUUUCUUCUGCCUCACUUGAAAGAUGUUGCAGCACAACAUAUCACUCUAUUUCUCCAGUAUUUAUAUUUCCUUUAUCUGAAGUGUAGUGAAAAUGCUACUAUGACUCUUCCUGGAAUACAUCCUCCAACCUUGAACCAGAUUAUGGAUUGGAUAUGCCUACUUCUUGAUGCUAAUUUUACUGUUGUGGUAAUGAUACCAGAAGCAAAAAGGCUACUAAUAAAUCUUUACAAAUUUGUAAAAUCCCAGAUAUGUGUUUAUUCUGAGCUCAACAAGAUUGAAGUAAGUUUUCGGGAGCUGCAGAAAUUAAAUCAAGAAAAGAAUAAUAGAGGAUUGUAUUCAAUUGAAGUGCUGGAACUCUUCUGAUAUUACCAGUUCUCCUUCAUAGACAUUUUAUGAAGCUCUUUUAUGUAAACUCUUCCGAUUCAUCCAGACAAGAAAGGCAUUUUGUUUGUGACCAUCUCUCAGCGUCGGGAGAAAAAUGUCAGCGAGUACCUGGACCGUCACUUAUUGAUGCUCCUAGGUAGGACUGUAGGUUUUACGUGAAACCUAGGUUAUGGACAUUGGUGGAGUGAGGUUCUGAAAUUUUUAAAAAAUAUGUAACACCUGAUUUUAAGUGAACUUAUUUGUGUAUUGAUAAAAGUCUUAAUUUCUUAUCA